AAGUAUCAUUCUCAGCAUGUGAGCGCUUAUAACGGCCGUUAAUGGCGGAUUCUCCAUUCCAUCGCGUCCAAACCCUGGUCUCGAUCUUCUCUCGAAAGUCGCUCCUUCACCUCCAAAUCUCUCCCCCAAUCCAAAGGAAAGCGGAUGAAUUCCUCCAAUUCCCCCAAUGGAUUCCUCCCAGACGACGUCGUGCUUCAAAUUCUCGCGAGAUUACCCAUCAAAUCCCUCUUCCGAUUCAAGUCCGUGUGCAAAUUAUGGCGGCGAUUGCCUUCCGAAAAGCACUUCAUCGACCUCUACUUCCAAACAUCCGCCAAAGACCCUACCUUGCUGAUCGAAAUCCCCGAUUCCAUCCAUCUCUCGUCCCAUCUCGUCUCCAUCGAUCGAUUCAGGGAGGUAACCACGCUCUCAUUGGAUUUCUUGAACGAUAGGGUUAAGAUAAGAGCCUCUUGCCAUGGAUUAUUGUGCUGCGCCAGCUUGAGGAAUCGAGGGGUUUACUACGUUUGCAAUCCGAUGACCAGGGAGGUCCGAGUGCUGCCGAGGACGAGGGAGAGGCCCUUCACCAGGUGCCAGCCUGAAUACGAGGCCACCCUCGUCGGCUUGGCAUUUGAUCCGUUUUCUUGGAGAUUUCAUGUGGUUCUCGCCGGCUUCCACCGCCACUUCGGCUACCGGCCCCAGGACCAGUUGGUCUGCCAGGUGUUUGAUUCCAGAAACAAUGCUUGGAGUCGAUCCAUUUCGUGUUUAUACGAAGAAUUCACCCAUAUGAAUCGCAGCCAGGUUGUGUUCUCGAGCAAUUCGCUUCAUUGGCUGACGCAUAGCUGCACUUAUGUGCUUGCUUUUGAUUUAAAAGGAGGAGUUUGGGGGAAGAUUUGGCUGCCGGAUGAGGUGUUGCUAAGUAGAAAUGGCUCAAGAAUUUAUCUUUUGGAGCUGGACGGUUUGGUGUCGGUGGUUCAGAUAUCGGGGGUCUGGAUGAGUGUGUGGGUUUUGAGGGAUCAUGGGACGGAGCAAUGGAGUUUAGUGGAUAAAGUGCAUCUCCGAUGCAUCAAUGGAUACACAGCCAGUGUCUUCCCAAUAUGCCAGAGCAGAGAUGUGAUCUUCAUGGCGACACAGAAGAAGGUGUUGAUGUACGAUCGGAAUGGCAAGAUGUGGAAGGAGAUACAUGGUGUGAGAGGUGCUUCCACAUACCCAUUGUGGUUCCUUUCAUAUGCUUUCAAGUCCUCACUUUUUCCUUGCCGCCAUUGAGGUGAGGAGUUUAUACAGAGGCAUUGCUGUUGGAUACUUAUUUUGAGUGCUUCAUAAGUAUUAUUGUGUAUAUCCAUGGGUAGGUGUUGUAAAUGGAUGGACAUGUCUAGGUAGUUUUAUUUUAUCAUUUCUACUUUUCUCUGAUGUGUAUGAUUCUGGUUCAAACGAAAUUCUUCAGUCAAUUUUUGUUGGAUA